AUGCCCUCGCCUCAGCCGCCGGCUGCCCCCGACGCCCUCGCCAGCACCGGCCCCGCCACCCGCGGCCGUAUCUCCGCCGGCCCGCCACCCCCGAUGCCCUCGCCUCCACCGCCGGCCGCCCCCAACGCCCUCGCCAGCGCUAGCCCCGCCACCCGCAGCCGUAUCUCUGCCGGCCCGCCGCUCCCGCCGGCACGGCCGCGUCCCGCGCGCCGCCCGGGCGCCAGCCGCGGCUCUGCGACCCCUGGCCGCCGGCCCCUGGGCACCACCGCCCACUCCGCUGUCGGCCGCCUGUGCCUCCACUGCCCAGGAUCCCGCGGCCCCGACGCCCCUGCCGCCCACGGGCCGCCCUGA